CGCUGAUGACAUGGGCGAGAGGCUCGCCAAAGCACUUAUUGGACUGCACAAGGAGAACCUAUCGUCAGUUUGGGUUGACUGGCUGUAAGUAUCGGCCUUGUCGACCAGUUGCCGUAAUCUUUUAAUCUUGUCUUCUAGUUACUCCGCAUAUCACCACUCGCAUCCCACGCUUCCAGAAAGGUUAAGGGUGAUGGACGAUCUUCGAAGUCAGAAGAAUCUUCGUGAGGGAGCUUCGGCCAAGAAGGAGCUGUAAACUACAGGACAAAACCAGUAUUAAUGCUAGUUAAUAGUACUAUCCGAAAGAAUCCAGCCGUGUUUUUGUAUUUUGGGCCUGCGCUUUCCCGGCAGCUUCGCAUCUCUGCGAGGACGCGUAUAAGAUGCCGGCGGCCCAGUCCUCGUCCUCUGGCGACUCUCUAGUAUCGCAUGCUCAAUCCUUUGUAUCUGAGAACAAGAAGGCUGUCGCAGUUGGCGUGACAGUUGCCGUCAUAGCGGCAGGAGCAACAGGAUACUACCUCUACACAACUAAACCGAGAACAAGAGGGGACUCCUCUGCGGAAAAGGGGAAGAGUGACACUGAUUCAGGGAAGGGUGGUGUAGGGGGUGAGAAAAAGAAGAGAAAGCAUAAGAGCAAGGUUGGCGAGAAAGAUGGACCAAUUCUGGAGGAACGGACGCCUAAACCCCCGGCUCCCGAAGAAAACAAAGUGACCGAAGCAAAAGAGGAGGAUGUACCAAAAUUCACCCAAGCCGAGAUUGAAGCGCUAUCGAAAGAGGAUCGUCUUUCAACGGCAAACUCUCUAAAAACCAAGGGGAAUACUGCUUACUCCGCAAGGAAUUUCGUCCGCGCUGUCGAGUAUUACACCCAAGCAAUUGAGAUUUCGCCUUCCCCGGAAGCAGUUUACUUCAGUAAUCGUGCAGCAUGUUACGUCAAUUUUUCGCCACCCCAAUAUGAGCUAGUAGUUCAGGAUUGUGAUGAGGCCCUCAAGCGCGAUGCGAAGUACAUAAAAGCUCUCAACCGCAGGGCAACUGCCCUGGAAGCUUUGGGACGGCUCCACGAAUCACUACGAGAUUUUACGGCGGCAACGAUAUUUGAUAAAUUCCAAAAUGACGCUACCAGCGCAUCGCUUGAACGCGUUUUAAAAAAAGUUGCACAGAGAGAAGCCCAAGAAACCAUGGCCAAACGUGAGCCACGACUACCUUCCUUUGCUUUCAUUCAUGCCUACCUUGCCGCAUUCCGUCCGCGACCGUUACCGGAGCUACCUGCGGCCCGCACACAAGGAGACCAGACACUCGUUCACGCCCAUCAAGCAUUAGAAGCACAGGACUAUGCCCAUGCCUUUACACUUGCCAAUGAGUCGAUCGAGCAAGGGAUAUCAGAGUCUUGGGACGUUGGCAAAGCUCAAGCUUUUACUCUGCGUGGGACCUUCAAAUUCUUGAUUGGAAAAUCCCAGGAUGCCAAGGCUGAUUUCGAGGCUGCACUAGCGCUUGUGCCGACUUUUAUCCCUGCUUGGGUGAAGAUUGCCAGCGUUCACAUGGAACUUGGUGACACCGACGCUACUUUCCGUGCCUUUGAGGAAGCUAUUAAACACGCGCCAAAUGAUGCGGACACUUACUAUCACCGUGGACAGGUGAACUUCAUCAUGCAGCAGUUCAAAGAAGCUGAGGGGGAUUACAUUAAAUCUUCGCAACUAGACCCCAACUUCGUUUUCAGUCAUAUCCAGUUGGCCGUCGCUCAAUAUAAAACCGAUCAAGUUGGAGCAGCCAUGGCAACCUUUAGGAAAACAAUGAAAAUGUUUCCUCAUAAGAGCGAACCCCUUAACUACUAUGGCGAACUAUUGCUUGACCAGCAGCGGUUUACAGAUGCUGUUGAAAAGUUCGACAGAGCUAUCGAGAUCGAACGAAAGAAAAAACCAAUCAACGUUCUUCCAAUGGUUAACAAAGCCCUCGCUCUUUUCCAGUGGAACAAUGACAUUCUCGCAGCGGAGGCGUUACUGAAAGAGGCACUUAAGAUUGACCCGGAAUGCGAUUCUGCACUUGCCACUCUCGCGCAGCUUACUUUACAGCAAAGCAACCUGGAGGAAGCCAUUGUACUUUUCGGCAGGCAUGCGGAGUUGGCAAGAACAGAAGCCGAGCUCGAACAGGCAUUGACCUUCAAAUAUGCUACACAAGCUCAGCUUCAGUUCAUUAAAGAUUUCCCUGACAUGGCUUCACAGCUUAGCAUGCUAGCCCGCUCUAUGCAAGGUGUUGCUUGAGACAUCUACUCUAUUACAACCCGAAUUCGCACACGGGCGAGUUCAUUAUUUGUGGCCCACUAGUUGCUUGAUUAAUUGGCAUCUAUCUCCCCCGUCACCUAUCUAUCCCGCUGUAUCUAUGUUCAUCUUCAUUCGCUACAACAAUGCAUCCCACUCCUAGGGCAUUUGCCAAUUCAGCCAUCAUUCUGAUGUGCAGCACGUUAACAAUGGUUGGUUCUCCUGCUGUAAGUUGGGUUCUACAGUUCAUUGGUCGGUCCGCGUUUUCUUCGCUAGCAAUGUCGAUCCUAUGUUACAUCUUUUGCUUUAUGGUGAAUUCU